UGGACCGACCUACCCAUAUACCAAGUUUGUACAUACAAACUUCGAAUAUUUAUUUCUCAGUGUAAGGGGGCAAAGCAUAAGAGCAGAAGUAGGUGUGGUUACAAGCUCGAAAGGUCUGGAAGCACAUUACGUUAUCUCCAUUUUGCAAACGGCGAUGGCAGCCAUGGCAAAAGCAUUUUCGGCAGAGAUGGCAAUCUGCGGUACUAGGCUGGGGAGUACAACAUCACAAGUUUUGAGGCCUAAUGUGGUAUCCCAGUGUUGUCAAGUGGCUUUCAAAUGUCCAUCUCGUACUCUGAAGACAGCAAGAUACUCCUCUCAAGAUAUAGAAUUAAAAAAUUUCUAUUCAGGACUUUCACCAUUUAGAUCAGUUUGUAUUGGUACUUCAAAACGGAGUUGGAAAACACGGUCAAUUUCAGCUAUGGCACAGGAUGCGGCUUUGCAGUCUAAGGUGACAAUGAAAUGCUUUUUUGAUGUCGAUAUUGGAGGCGUUCCUGCAGGAAGGAUAGUGUUGGGGCUCUUUGGUGAGGAUGUACCACAAACUGCAGAGAACUUCCGUGCAUUAUGUACAGGAGAGAAAGGGUUUGGAUACAAAGGAUCUUCAUUUCACCGUAUUAUUAAAGACUUUAUGAUUCAGGGUGGAGACUUUGACAGAGGUGAUGGUACCGGAGGAAAGAGCAUCUAUGGGCGCACUUUUGACGACGAGAAUUUCAAAUUGGUUCAUGUUGGACCUGGCAUUCUAAGUAUGGCUAAUGCUGGACCUAACACAAAUGGCAGUCAGUUCUUUAUAUGCACGGUCAAAACCCCAUGGUUGGACAAUCGCCACGUGGUAUUUGGACAAGUUAUUGAAGGAAUUGAUGUAGUUAAAAAACUUGAGUCAGAAGAAACAAAUCGUGCAGAUAGGCCAAAAAAACCCUGCAGGAUUGUUGAUUGCGGAGAACUUGAUGUUGCUCAGUGAGGACAGAAUUAUUCUGAUCAAGAGAUUACAGGAAAGAGUUUUGUUUUCUUGUUGUUACAGUUUUAUACCGGCUUGCUUUGAUUAUUCAUAAAUGUAUUAAGAGUCAGUUUUAGUGAGAAAAAUGCAUUUGCUUACAAAAUUACUUUCAAGAACUUUAACAGGCACUGUGAAAUAUCCUUUGUUACGAGUAAAUAUAAACCUCAAUUAGGGGGUUUGCAUGAGGAUACCUGCACAGGCGUCUGCCUGAAUUUGACACAUUGAGUUCAUAAAAAAUGUCUAUAAAAAUAAUUCUCUA